AGCGCGAGAACCCGCGCCACCUGCUGCUGCAGCAGCUCCGGGGCCACCGCGUGCGGAGGCGCCGCCAGUCUCCCCGCCGGCAGGUAGGGAGCGUCCUUCCCUCAUGGGGUGCCCACCGCGGGAUUCGCUAGCUGUCCCGGUUGGGGUUGGCGCUUUAAAAAAUGCUCUUUAGACCUUUGGAAUGGAGAGGGGAGGCGGACGUGGGAAAGCGUUGCUGGUUGGAUGGGGCAAUAGAGCAGAUCAGCUGCAUAGGUUAAUAGGAAAAGCUAAAACGUUUAGCCUUUCGCCAGGUGGGAUUCAGUUUUGCUUCAUGUCAGUUUUGUAAGUAUAAGUUUCCGCGCGUUCCUGAAUAUGGUCCUGACUUAGGUAGCAGAGUCUAGGGGGAAAUUCCUAGGCUGGAGGUCGGACACCUGGGUCCUCGUCCAUCCUCAGCUGCUCUCUGAGUACGUCGUACACCUGCAGCAUCUCCUAAGGAUCCCCUCCUACUGUAAGAUCCAGGAAACCUCAAUAGGAGUUCUUCGCGCUGCCUGCGCUGAGGACCUGCAGGAGACCUGCAGGCUCCAAAUGGAGCCUUUGGACACAUUGAUCAUGGUCUUUGUCUUAUAACACAUUGUUUCACCUUGUUUGCAUCUAAGAAAUACCUUGUAUGAUUUUCUGUGGAUUAAACAGUCUUCUAAAAUGUGAUAUAUGUACCCACACAUACUCAUAGUAUGUAUGUGUAUAUAUGUGUAUGUAUAUAUGUGUGUACAUGUAGAUACAGUUUUUUUAGUGGCUGCAUCCCAUGUUACUGGGUAACCAGGCAAAAUUAAUAUCCCAUUCUGGACAUAAAGAUUAUUUACAGUGUUUUAAGUAUCUUAGCCAUUCAGUGAACAUCUUUGAAUGUAAAUCUCUGGGAUAUUGCUGAUUAUUUCCUUCAGGCAAACUCUUGUAAGUUUAACUACUUAGGCAAAGAGCCUGACUAUUUUAAAGCCCUUUUUUUAAGUUUUUAAUGUUUUUAAUGUUCAUUUUAUUUGGGGGGUGGAGUAGGGGCAGAGAGAGAGAAUCCCAAGCAGGCUCCGCACCAUUAGCGCAGAGCCUGACAUGUGUCUCGAUUUCCACCAACCAUGAAAGCAUGAUCUGAGCCGAAAUCAAGAGUCAGAGGCUCAACCCACUGAGCCACCUUUUGAGGCAAAUUGAAAAAUCACCUUCAGGAUAGUGCCACUUUCCAUUGAAGUUGCCAGCAGUUUUUAAGGUCUAUGAUAGUCUAAAGAAAAAAUUAGCCUUUUUUGGUGGAAGAGAGUAGGCAGAGGUUACAGGACAGUAGUUAGAGUGUAGUCUUACAGGAAGCCACAGAAGUACUGCUGGGAUUUGAAGUCACCUGGGAAUCAUAGAAGAGGGUCUCAGGGUGACCGAGGGAAGGGAGUUGGGCGCAGGGUUUAGCUGGGUUUAAUAGGUCAACUCUCUUGAUCUAUUGAUGGGGUGGAUUUUCAUUUUGUAGUUACAUUGUCAAACUCCAGGAAAAAAAAAUUUUUUUAAAUCAAAUUAUAGUUCAUUUACAUCAGGUAAAAGUCAAAGGAAACUCUAAACCAAACAGAUAUCAAGACACUGCUUACUCCUACUUAUUGAGAAAGGAAGCUUGAAUUCUUUUCCAUCUUUUCCUCCUACCCUGGCUACCCUUGGGAGAUGGAGGGGGUAGCAUCAGUUCCAAAGGAUUAUACUGAGUUCCCCAGGGACAAACCUGCUUCCCCAUCCAGAAUGAACCAUCAUUUCUUUCCUAGUUCAAAUUUCCUUGCUCUUUGAAUGCUCUUGUCAGGGAAUCCAGAUAUACCAUCAUAGUUUCUUACUUGAGGAAGAUGUCAGUGUUCUCUUAGACCAGCUGCCCUGAUGUUCCAGAGGGAAUCCCAGGCAGGCUCCACACCAUCAGUGCAGAGCCUGAUGUGGGGUUCAAACUCAUGAACGAUGAGAUAAUGACCUGAGUCAAAAUCAGAAGUUGGACACUUAACCGACUGAGCCAGCCAGGUGUCCCAGAAUGUUCUUUGUCCUCGAUCAACAAUUCCACUUGGGGAAAGUCUAUCCUAGGACCUAGCAUGGGGCUGAGCACACAGUAGGCACUUCCCAGAUAUUUGCUGUAUACACAAAUAUGUAUGAUAUUUUUAAACAAUCUUAUGCCUAACUAUAGGGGAAGUAACCAUUAUGGAAACAGUAAGAUACUUACGAAUAUCAUUCAGUAAAAUGGAAAAUGUUUGUAUUGUAAUACUAAAUGGAAAAAAAUGAGUGUUAAAUGUAGGAUAAGGUUAUAAUUGUUUUUAAAAAAAUUCAUAGGGGAAAGGACUAGAGGUAAAAUAUUUGCUAGAAUGCUCAUAAUGGUUUCUCAGUCUUAGCACUGUUGACAGCUUGGCCUAGACACUGCUCUGCUGUGGUGGCUGUCCUGUGCUUUGUGGGAUGCUCAAAGACAGCAUUCUUGGAGACCAGCAAUCCUCACCCCCACCCCACUGCACUUGGACACCAAAAAUACAUCCUGGCAUUAGCAUUUGUUUCCCAGGUUAAAGUAAUGGAAUAGUGGGUGAUCUUUCCCUUCUUUUCUCAUUUUCUUCAAUGUGUUUAUAUUAUUCUAAUAAUGAACAAAAAAACAGGAAAAUAAAUAUCAUUAUUCUCCCUCAACUCUGAUGCUUGAGGUUCCAGGGUUCUGUCCCUUCUGCUACUCUGCCUCACAAACAUUCUGCGGGUUGGCAGGAUGAAAUACUUCACUAAAUUCAUUUUUAUGUUUUUCUGAUAACUAAAGGGAAACAUAUCCAUUUAUUUGAAAAUGUGCACACAGAAACACCAAAGAAAUCAUUAGUAAGAUCAUCUACUUUUUUUUUCUUUUUCUCCCAUUCUUUCUUUUAAAAAUUAUAAAAAGGUGAAAACCUGCUUAUCAUCCCUUUGAUUUCACUCCUAGAGAUAAUCACCAUCAGCGUGUUGGUAUGGAUUUUUCUGGGUAUUUCGUAUGUCUAAACACACACACACACACACACACACACACAGAUUUUUCUUUGUUUUCACUACAGUAGAUUUCUGCUACAUAUACUGCUCUGCAAAUUAUGUUCUACAGCUUUGCAAAGUCACUACAAUUCUAUCCUUAAUGGUAUUACAUUGUAUGACUAUAACAAAAUUUAUUUAACCCUUUAGGCUUUCUGGAGUAUUCCCCAGUUUGGGGCUAGUGUUAGUAGUAUCACCGGUUUACAUGUAUUGUUUAUGUAGGUGUUCUUGUAGGAUAUAUUUCUAGGAGAGGAGGUGAGAGCUCAUAUAUCAUAUAUACAUUUAAAAUUUUAAUGGGCAUUACCAAAUUGCCAUCCCAAAAAGGCUGUAUAAUUUCACAUUCCUACCAUUAGUGAGAAAACCCAUUUGUUCAUUUCUUACAAACACUAAAUAUUAGGAAUCUUUAUAAUUUUGGCUAGGUUGAUAAGUGAAAAAUAGUACCUAAUGUAAACUAUACUUUUUUAAAAACUGUUGAGAUUAAACAUUCUUUCCUGUGUGUAUAUGUCAUUUGUACUUCUUAUUCUCUGACCUGUAUGCUAGAACUUUUUGCUCAUUUUCUGUUGAGUUGUAUGUAGUUUUCUUUUUGAUUUUUAGGAGCUAUUUGUGUAUUAGCCUAAAUCUUCUGUCUUAUAUAUGUGUAGCAUAGAUUAAUUGAUCAGUUGUGAGUUUUUGUAUGUAUACAAGAGGUCAAAGAGACCUUAAGAGGGAAAACUGACUUCUCAAAGUGUGUAAAUACAUGUAUAAUACAAGAGGGAGAAUGUGUUAAUAAAGAAUAGAAAGAGUGACUGUGAGUUAUUAACAUCUUAGUAUGAAUUGGUUGGAGCCUACUGUUUCUCCUUCUGACUCCUGCUACUUGUAGAAUCAAUUUUAUUGAGAGAAUAGGAUUUAUAAUUUGGAAUAAGUGAAGGACAGAAGAGGAGAUUUAGAAGGAUGGCCCCUGGGAGAGAGGUGGCGUGGUUGGGAUAGUGCUAUGGAAGGCUUGAGUAGUUAAGGGUAGAAUGAAAAUAUUCAGGUGCCAUGAAGGGGGAAAAAAAGAGUUAAAAGGUGGGAGGUGUGGAAGUCAGACUCCCUUGAAAUUUUUCACAGAGCAGGUUUGGAUUUCCAGAUAUGUUCCACUGCAGAAAAAACAUGAAAUAGUUGAGAGGGUUUAGUGUAGUAUUUUCUCCUUGGCGUCUUUUGAGUUCUAGUAUAAGUUAUUUUCAGACCUUGUAAUUACAUUUAAAGAUUCUGGGAAGGGAAGGAAAAAUAAGAUAAAAAGAGAGAAUGGGACAAACCAUAAGAAACUCUUAAACACAGAGAACAAACAGGGCUGCUGGAGGGAUGUUGGGUGGGGGGAUGGGCUAAAUGGGUGAUGGGCAUUAAGGAGGGCACUUGUUGGGAUGAGCAUUGGGCGUCAUAUGUAAGUGAUGAAUCACUGAAUUCUACUUCUGAAACAAAAAAAUAAUAAUAAAGAUUCUCAUCAUAGUAACUUUUUUCCAUUUGGCUUUAUAUGACUGUGGGAUAUUAAGUAAAGGUAUUAAACUUCUAAAUUCCCUAUUGCACUUCCACAUUUAUGAAUCAGGCAUUGUCUGGUUAUCAGAAGACUCAGUGAGAACUGCCAAGACCUGUCAUCAUUGAAUAAAGCAUUUUUCUUUUUGUGUUUUCCAUAAUUCGGUCACUCCAGAAAAAUGAGGAUAUUUAGUGUCUUUGCAUUCAUGGCCUACUGUCAUUUGCUGAAAGCGUUUACGAUCACAGUGUCCAAGGACCUGUAUGUGGUAGAGUACGGCAGCAAUGUGACAAUGGAGUGCAGAUUCCCCGUAGAAGAACAAUUAGACCUGGUUUCACUGAUCGUCUACUGGGAAAUGGAGGAUAAGAAAAUCAUUCAGUUUGUGAAAGGGAAGGAAGACCUGAAAGUUCAGCACAGAAGCUACAGUCAGAGGGCCCAGCUGUUGAAGGACCAGCUCUUCCUGGGGAAGGCCGCGCUUCAGAUUACAAACGUGACCCUGGAGGAUGCCGGGGUUUACUGCUGCUUGAUUGGCUAUGGCGGUGCUGACUAUAAGCGGAUUACUUUGAAAGUUCAUGCCCCAUAUCGAAAAAUCAACCAAAGAAUUUCUGUGGAUCCUGUCACCUCUGAACAUGAACUGAUGUGUCAGGCUGAGGGUUACCCGACCGCUGAAGUCAUCUGGACAAACAGUACCCAUCAAGUCCUGAAUGGCAAAACCAUCAUCUCUGUUUCCAACAUGGAGACAAAGCUUUUCAAUGUGACCAGCACGCUGAGAAUCAACACAACGGCUAACGAGAUUUUCUACUGCACUUUUCUUCAAAGAUCAAGUCCCGAGGGAAACAGUACUGCUGAGUUGGUCAUCCCAGAACCAUUUCUGGCUCCAGCAAAUGAGAGGACUCACUUCAUGAUUCUGGGAGCCAUCCUGUUGUUUCUUGUCGUGGUCCCGGCUGUCACUUUCUGUCUGAAGAAACAAGAUGUACGAACGAUGGAUGUGGAAAAAUGUGACACCACAGAUAUGAACUCAAAGAAACAAAAUGAUCUACAAUUUGAGGAGACGUAAUCCAGCAUUGAAAUUCCUGAUCUUAAAGCAGGGAUUCUCAGCCUGUGGUUUGGGCUCGUCAGGGGUAAGCAUGACCAGAGGAAUGCGGAGGGCCAGGCGAACUGCAGACGAUGUCGGAUGUGAGAGGCCCAAGCACUGAAAAGUGGAAGCCAGGAGAGAAGAGGAGAACAAAGCAAGGUGUAAGCAGGGGUCACCUGCCAGGAAACCCUGUGGCCUCAGCAUGACUGGGGCCUCAGACUUACGGGCACCCGAGAAAGAGAGAGGACACUUCCAAAUUGUCCGUCGCUCAUCCUAGGAAAACAAGUUGAGAUUCCCUGAUUUAGUGGUCAGUUCCUACAGAAGUGCCCGUUGGCUUCACCAGCAUCUCUAUUUGUCGUCUGUGUUAUUGAGAGCCCCAGUGUUGCAGCAAUAUUUAAGUAUGUUAUUUCUAUUUAUUUUGAGUGUGUGGAGUCUUGUCAUGUGAGUGUGGUUGUGAGUGAUUUCUUUUGAAGGAAUACUAUGGUGGAAGUUAAAAUUUUGCCACGGAACUAAACUGCUUAGUGACUUGGGUGUGUUCAAUAAGAUGUGUAGUGUUUUUAAAUUUUUUGGUAAUGUUUCUUUAUUUUUGAGAGAGAGAGAGAGAGAGAGAGAGAGAGACAGUGGGUGAGCAGGGGUGGGGCAGAGAGAGGGGGAGACACAGAAUCCGAAGCGGGCUCCAGGCUCCGAGCUGUCAGCACAGAACGCAUCUCAGGGCUGGAACCCAUGAACCAUGAGGUCAUGACCUCAGCCGAAGUCGGACACCUAACUGACUGAGCCACCCAGGUGCCCCAAGGCAUGUAGUAUUUAUAAAGUGCUUGGUAUCCACCACAGCUACCAGGACGUAGGAAGCAUAGAGAACAGACUGAUGGUUUGUAUAGGAUAUUACCUUAUUUAGCCCCCCAGUACUUUGGUUGACAUGAAAACUCUUCCUCUCACACCUUAAGGCGAGGUAUGUUACUGCAGUGUCUGUUCCAUUUUACCUCUCAGCAUUACAGCCAUGUGGCAUCCUCACACACAGUGUCACGUAAUGCUUGUGACAACCGUAUUGUGGUAGGCACCGUUGCUACCCCCAUUUCACGGUGGAGGGAGAGGAGGGAUAAAGUAACUGGCCCGAGCCAGUAAAUAUCACACCUGAGAUUUCCACAGCUGUCACUCACUGGCCCUUUAGAAGACAGUUGAGGGCUGUGUUUUGCUUUAAGCAAUUCAUUCAUUCAGCAGAGACAUUUAGGAAGUGCCCUUGCACGUCCAGCACUUUGCCGGGCCGUGACUGAAGAGGACAAAGUAGCUCUCCUCAAGGAGCUCGUGGCAUGGAGGAGUGAUGGGUCAGAGAAUAUAUUAUUACAACUUAGUGCAGCAUCAUAGUAUAAGGUACCAGAGGACCGCGAUGGUGUGGAGAGUCUGGAAAAGCCUCCAAAAGGAGGGAUGCCAGUCAGUGUGUUCCUCAGAAGCUGAAAAUGCAUUUUCAUAAUCCAAGUGAUUUUAGUUUAUGAGGAGAAGUCAGCAUUUUUAAAAAUUGUGGACGAUAACUCUUGAAUCCCUUUUCUCUCAUUGUAUUUACCUCUGAUUUACUUACCUUUGCCCUGCAGUCUGAUGUCGAUAUAUGUCGUGUUGGUAUUAUUUUUAACAGUUCUUUCUUUUUACUUAAGUGCUGUUGAAUUUUGAAUUCCUAUCUUUCCGUGAUUCAGAAUUCAGAUCUAAGAGAAGACAUUAAAAAGUCUUCAUUCCAUUCUCGCCGUCGAGUUUUCCUUUGCAGAAGCAACCAUCCGUGCCUUUUAUUUAUGUGGUCUUCUAAAGACCAUCUCUGAAUAUAUGUAGAAAUAUGUGUGAAAAGUAUGUCUUUUAUUUCUUUCUCUUUUUCACGUAAGUGGUAACACACUAUUCACCUGCUGUGCACUUUGCUAUUUUUAUUGAAUAUAUUAUUCCUCAUGUAGCGGCUGGAACCAAUGUGAAGUUCCCAGAGGCCGGGCGUCAUGUCUUCUUUGCUUCUUUGCUUCUUCCAUAGCCUGUUAGUAUCUUUUCUAAGACUUAGUACAUCCUAAAUAUUACUUCAUCCACAUUUAGACAACAGCAUUUGUUGAGUGCUCUGUGACUGAGUUUGGAUUUGGUUUCUGUUGUGUUUCUCAAAGUGAAACGCUUGGGUUCUCCAGGGUACACGGGGUCAACCUAGUCCUAAGGGCUGACUUUAAUACUAAUUCUCUACGACCAAAUCAUGUGUGGAACUUGUUUUUUCCUCUCUGUUUUCUCUUGAGUAUAAACUAGACUUUGAUGUUGCAGUUGCAAAACUACAUGAGUGGGUUUUAUUGUGUUUUGUUUUUUGUUUUGUUUUUGUUUUUUUGAAAUUCCAGUACUGUACUUGGCCUCUCACCUGUGCUAGAAAAGGUGAGCCUGAACCCUUGAAAAGGGCUGUGCCUGAACCCUUGAGUCCUACCAGUUCUCAUCACUACAAAGAUCCAAGAUACUGCUUUUCAGAACUUUGAAUUUACAUGCCCUCUCUGGAGGCCCCAGCGUAUUCCUUCUGUCUUCGCCAUCUACCUGUGUUAUCAACAAGGAAAACCUUUGCUUUGCCACAUGUCAAGGCUGAAGAAACAGAAUCUCCAACAGAACAGAACUCCUUCUGUUCUCUUUUUGUACACGUUCAUUUGUACAGCAUCCGUUGUUUGCGUGACUGUAUCCUCUGUGUGAGGUACAAGAGAGGGUUCUGGCUGAGUUGGAGGACAGUCUGUUCACUCCAUUCCUAAAUGUUAAUGCCUUCUUGUGGUGUUAGAUUUGUAAGGCACUUUAUAUCUUUGUCUUGUGUUUCACUGUAAAAGACAUAGGCAGAGAGGAUACUUAGUUCUGCGUUUUAAUUGUCAUUAUUUACACCUGCAUUAAUUUAAUAAAAUAUUUAUUUUGUUCCUCGGUGCACCAGCCUGUCCAUUUUCUUGUUUUCUAGGUUUUAUAAACCACGUCCAGUUUAAUAUCCUGGUGGGAAAAGUUGCUUAGAAUAUCUGCAGCUACCUUCCUAGUAAUUUUUUUCAUAGCUGCCAUUUAUGUUGCAUACUCUUGAGUUAAGUGUGAUGAAAUCGAUCAAGAGAAUUAUUUGUUUAAAAAGGAUGUAUUGAAAGUUUUCAUUCUCUCUUACUCGAUAGCUUCUUUUAGGACAAUACCAAGAAAAGAGUCAAAGUUGUGUC